AUGAGCCGGCGGAACCACAGUGAAGCCUCUUCUGAAGCGCCGUCGUCUCGCCCUCGUCGCUCCACCCGUCUGUCUUCUAGCUCUGCCAGUUCUUCAGUCGAGCCCGAGGAAUUGCCUCGUCGACGCCUGUGGCGUCGUGAGCCGGUCGGCAUCCGUACGCCCAGUGAUGAUGAGGUCGCCCGACAGGGCGGUAUCUCUCGGGCUACUCGGCCUAAAUUCUCUCGGGCCUUCGAGGAUGCUGGCUUCGAAUCUCUGUCUUGGAAGAAGGACCGGCGACGCGUAGCAAGGGAAUUUGCCCCUGUCACACAGUCCGCCGAUGAUAUUCCCACCGACCUUCAGGACCGCAUCAACGCGCUGUCACCCGAAGCGAGGCGCGCCAGCAACUUGCAAGCCAUCUUUGAAGCAGAAAUCGCCGCCAAUACCGCAGAAGACGAGCCGAAUGCCCCGCCAAUCCGCAUCAUCAACGACGUCGACGAUGAGCCUACACCUCCCAUGGAGUUCUAUUACACGAACUUGAUGUGGCACGGUGCGGAUGUCCCGAGGCCCGACUUCGAGGCGCUCAAAGGUUGCGGCUGCAUCGGUCCUUGCAAUCCAAACUCCAAGACUUGCGCAUGUGUCAGGCGGAACAAGCAAUACUGGGACGGUGGCGGUUUCAUGUACGAUCAGAAGGGAAAACUGAAGCACCAUCAGUAUCCAAUCUUCGAGUGCAAUAUCAACUGUGGUUGCUCUGAUGAUUGCCCGAACCGAGUCAUGCAGCGUGGAAGGCAAUAUGAGAUAGCAAUACAGAAGACAGAAGCUAAGGGUUGGGGGGUAUUUGCUGGGCCAAAGAGAAUCCCAGCUUAUAGCUUCCUCGGAGUCUAUGCUGGGGAAUAUCUCACAGACCAAGAGGGAGAGAAGAGAGGAUUGUACUACAACAGUUUUGGGAGAACAUAUCUCUUUGACGUGGAUUUCUAUCAUGUUAAGAAAGAUGAGGAUGAGCCUCCCAAAUACUGCAUAGACGCAUAUCAUGCUGGCAAUAAUCACAGUUGUGACCCCAACUGUGCGAUUGUUGCAGGCUACAUCAAUGAAUCCAACAUUGAUAAGCCUCUCCUCACCAUCUUCACCAUAAAGGAUGUGGAGCCUUAUGAAGAGCUAUGCUUUUCCUACUUUGGUGUGGAUGAGGAGGACAAGCCUGCACUUGCUGCUCAAGCCAAUGGUGCAGUGUAUGUUCCUUGCCGAUGUGGCACCGCCAAAUGCAAGGGUUUCCUCUGGAAGUGA